AUGCGAUCUCUUCUCACCCUCACUUUCGCCCUCUUCGCCUCAGCUGGGCUUGGCGAUGCUGCCUCAGCUGGCUGUGGUAAGCAGCCUCCCCCCAGCGGCACCAAGACCAUGCAGGUCAACGGCAAGAACCGUGAAUACAUCCUCCAGCUUCCCAACAACUACCAGAACAACAAGCCUCACAAGCUCGUCUUCGGCUACCACUGGCUCAGCGGUAACAUGAACAACGUCGCCCAGGGAGGUUACUACGGUCUUCACAACUUGGCUGGUGACUCUACCAUCUUCAUUGCUCCCAACGGUCUCAACGCUGGUUGGGCCAACCAGGGUGGUGAGGAUAUCAAGUUCACUGAUCAGAUACUCGCUUUUGCCAAGAGCAACCUUUGCAUUGAUGAGAAGCAAGUCUUUGCUACUGGCUUCAGCUACGGUGGUGCCAUGAGCCACAGUGUCGCUUGCUCUCGACCCAACGACUUCGCUGCUGUUGUUGUCAUCUCUGGUGCUCUCCUCUCCGGCUGCGACGGUGGCAACACUCCCGUCUCUUACCUCCACAUCCACGGUUCCGCCGACAACGUUCUCAGCAUCCAGCAAGGCCGCCAGCUUCGCGACAAGUGGAUCGGUACCAACGGUUGCCAGCAGAAGCAAGUCAACGAUCCCGCACCUGGCGCUCAGAACUUCGUCAAGACUACCUACCAGUGCAGCCGCAAGCCCGUUACCUGGAUCGCUCACGGUGGUGGCCACGUCCCCGAUCCUACUGGCAACGGUCAGAAGUUCGCCCCUGGUGAGACCUGGAGCUUCUUCAACGCUGCUGGUGGUAAGAGCGCUAAGCUCCGCUGUUAA